AUGGAAGUGCCCAGCAUUAAAGACUUCCACUGGAAGACCCUCGCUCCCCUCCCCAGCCGGAGGGUCUACUCCUCCCUCGUCGAGGCUGGGGGAAAAGUGUAUGCCAUUGGGGGUUGCGAUGACAAUGGGUACCCCAUAGACUGCUUUGAGGUCUACUCUCCCGAGGCGGAUCAGUGGACUGCCCUGCCCCCCAUGCCCACAGCCCGGGCUGGGGUGGCUGUCACAGCUCUGGGAAAACGGAUCAUGGUGAUAGGGGGGGUGGGGGCCAACCAGCUGCCCCUGAGGAUCGUGGAGAUGUACAACAUCGAUGAAGGCAAGUGGAAGAAGAGGAGCCUGCUGCGGGAAGCUGCCAUGGGCAUCUCAGUCACUGCCAAAGAUUACCGUGUGUACGCAGCAGGUGGGAUGGGACUGGAUCUCCGUCCACACAACUACCUGCAGCACUAUGACAUGCUCAAAGACAUGUGGGUGUCUCUGGCGCCCAUGCCCACGCCGAGAUAUGCUGCCACCUCCUUCCUCCGUGGCACCAAGAUCUAUGUGCUGGGGGGAAGACAGUCAAAAUAUGCCGUGAAUGCUUUCGAAGUCUUUGACAUCGAGACCCGCUCCUGGACCAAGUUUCCCAAUAUUCCCUGCAAGAGAGCCUUCUCCAGUUUCGUCACCCUCGACAACCACCUGUAUAGCCUGGGAGGCCUGAGGCAGGGAAGGCUUUACCGACAGCCCAAGUUCAUGAAGACGGUGGAUGUGUUUGACAUGGAACAGGGAGGCUGGAUGAAGAUGGAACGCUCCUUCUUCCUAAAGAAGCGUAGAGCGGACUUUGUGGCUGGCUCCCUGAAAGGAAGAGUUAUCGUGGCCGGGGGUCUAGGCAACCAACCUACGGUCCUGGAGACGGCAGAAGCAUUCCACCCUGGUAAGAACAAGUGGGAGAGCCUGCCAUCCAUGCCCACCCCACGCUGCGCCUGCUCCAGCAUUGUCAUCAAGGACUGCCUCCUGGCCGUGGGAGGGGUCAACCAGGGCCUGAGCGAUGCCGUGGAAGCCCUGUGCCUCUCGGACUCCUAACCAGUCCUCGCCUCCGGCCGCUGGUUCUCCCCCUUCUUCUGCAUCUGCCCCCUUGACUCCCUUGAGACAGUUCUCCUGCUGUUCGGUCUGCCUCUGAGGGAGGCUCAGCCCUGAAGAGCUGGGCGUUGCUGCCCUCCUUCCCUACUUCCCAGAGCAUGGGCAGGGUCAUGGCCCCAUUGACCCAAGGGAAUCUCUUCUGCUGGCCUCUUCCUGGCCCUGAGGUCGCCUCCUCCUCUUCUCUCCAUCCUAUUGCCAGCUAAGAGCCCCCUUUUCCGACACCUCUGGGAACAGAGCUUGGAAAUGACCGCAGCCAAAUCUGGGGAGAGGGCGGUCCCUUCGGACAGGGGAGGGAGCAUCUCUGCCAGCUCUGGCUCACUCCCACCAGAGAGUGGCCCAGCCUCUUUUAGGUCCUGGUCACCCCAAUCAGAACCCCCAAAACAGUUUCUGGGGUUCAUUAUCCAUGCUUCCUGCCCCCUCUUCCACCUCUCCCCAACCAGAGGGGCUCUGUGAGGGGGCGGAUUUGGGGUGGAAAGUUUCCAUUUACACUGUGGCUUCAGAAUCCUCUCUGGAUGGAUUUAUUGCACUCUGGUUACUAGCAGCAGCACAAUUAAUAAAAUCUAUAUUCCUAUCUCCUCUUGAUCCUCAGCGAGGGAGCAAGGCAGUGUCUAAGGGA